UUUAAAAAUGGGACGUCGUUCCUCGGACACAGAAGAAGAGAACAGAAGCAGAAGGAAAAAGAAACACCGCAGGCGUUCAUCGUCAAGUAGCUCCUCAGACAGCAGAACAUACAGCCGUAAAAAAUCUGGAAGGAAAUCAAGGUCAAGGUCACGGUCUCGAGAUCUCCAGUCUCGUUCGCAUUCUUAUGAGAAAAGACGCAGACACAGAUCGAGCAGUAGUUCUUCAUAUGGUUCUAGAAGAAAACGCAGUCGUAGCCGAUCAAGAGGUAGAGGCAAAUCCUACAGGUCUCAAAGAUCAAGAUCAAAAAGUAGAACAAGAAGAUCACGAUCAAGACCUCGUCAACGUUCUUGUAGUCGAAGUAGUGAAAGAUCCAGUCAUAGGAGAACUCAUAGCGGGUCUCGCGAAAGAGAGCGGCGUAAAGGGAGAGAGAAAGAAAAAAUAAGAGAGAAAGGCAAAGGAAAAGAAAAGGAGAUAUAUGGCACGAAGCAUGGCUGUCAGAAAAGGCAAUCUUAUGUAAUUAUUUCUGCUUCAUACACCUUGGUCUCCCUCAACCUUUACUGUGAUGUUCAUCUUUGCCCCGUUUAUGUGAUUGGUUUGAAAACGGAGGACACUACUGUGUGUCUUCUUCAUGAAUAUCCCUUUGGUGGAUUCCCACUGCAACGCUACAUGGGAAUUUUGAGUAGCAUCCUCCCUCCACCCACGUUCGUGAAGCCGAGUGCCUUAGCAGAUUCUGCAACUGAUGACGAUUUGCUGCCUUGGCUGGAACUUCACUGCUCACCCAAUGGACUUAAUGCUGGAGUAGGCCAGGAAGCACUAAAACAAUUUUCUCCGUCAGCUGUCUUCAUCGGAGAGACAGUAAACAGAGAUAGGGGAGGGCGUGCUGGCGGCUCCCUCCCAGGAGGUGCCCAGUGGGAGCUGCGGUCCGGCAGCCUGCUUCCUUGGGCGCUGGGCUACAGCCGCGGACUUCUGCCUCCAGCAACACUGCGUGGCUUAAGGAAACCUAAGGCUGCCUUUGCUCCUGCGUUGGGUAGUGUCUCGGGGCUGGCAGGAAAGGAGGAGCUCAUGGUGUGCGCCUUCAGUAGAGGUAACCAGUACCUCCUCCUGCCUACUUGGGGUGAGCCUGUCCUUCAGCGCCGCGCGACGGCAGUUCAUCUCACCCCUGCUCCAUGCAGCCGUGAUGUUGGCCGUUGCUGCCUCUGGUAUGUUGUGAGCGCUGGAUCUCGGUUACUGCCUGCAAGGUGUUUCACGUGCUGCUGA